CACCAUUCACGAUUCACGAUUUGGUUGCACGAUUCAGGCGACUUCUUCGCGUGUCACAGCUGCUAGUUACGAAGGCGUCUCGAGAUCAAGUGUCCCCUCACAUCCUCUAAUUGGACUCGGAAUACCACUUUGCCAUCUUCAGUGUACAGCAUGAUCAGAAAUCUGCUGCAGCGACGAGCAGCUGCAGCUCGCGCCAGCUUCGCAGUUGCACCCAGCUCAAUCCGCAUGGCCUCUGGUUCAGCGCGGCCACCCCCUGGAGAUCUGAAUCGUCUUUCGCGCAUCAUCACUCGACCCAAGGAUCAGGGCGCAUCUCAAGCUAUGCUAUAUGCCACGCCGGGCAUCUCAAACGAUGAAGAUUUGACUCGAGCCAUGGUCGGUGUGGCUUCGGUCUGGUACGAGGGAAACCCUUGCAAUGCUCAUUUGCUGCAAGUGGGCCAGAGGAUCAAACAGAGCAUACACGACGCUGGCUUGACCGGCUACCAAUUCGGCACAGUCGGUGUUAGUGAUGGCAUCUCGAUGGGAACGGACGCCAUGAGUUACUCUUUGCCCUCGAGAGAUCUCAUCGCAGACUCGGUCGAAUCGGCUGCGGGAGGCCACUGGCUCGAUGGCUGCGUCGUUGUUCCGGGCUGCGAUAAGAACAUGCCCGGUGUGUUGAUGGCGCUGGGCAGACUGAACAGGCCUGGCCUGAUGGUGUACGGCGGCACCAUUCGGCCGGGCGCAUGCAGCUCGGUGGAGGGUACCCUGGACAUCGUCAGUGCCUUCCAGUCUUACGGCAAGUACCUUAGCGAGGGUGGUACUGCCGAUGCCGAGAAGAAGCGCUACGACACAAUCCGACACGCCUGCCCUGGUCCUGGAGCUUGCGGAGGCAUGUACACUGCCAACACGAUCGCAUCUUGUGCUGAGGCAAUGGGAAUGACGCUGCCCGGUAGCUCGUCGUUCCCGGCCGAAUAUCCAGAGAAGAUCCAGGAAUGCGAAAGCGUGGGCGCAGCUAUGAGAAAUCUGUUGGAAAAAGACAUCAAGCCCAGGGAUAUCAUGACUCGCAGCGCGCUUGAGGACGCUAUCGUCCUCACUAUGGUGCUUGGCGGAAGCACCAACGUUGUUUUGCAUCUACUGGCCAUUGCGCACAGCGUUGGCGUUGAUCUGAGCAUCGAUGACUUCCACAGAAUCGGAGAGAAAACACCAUUCUUGGCCGAUCUCAAGCCUAGCGGCAAGUACGUGAUGGAGGACGUGCACAAGGUGCUUGGUGGCAUCCCUACCAUCAUCCAGUACCUGAUUGAGAACAAGUUGAUGAAGGGAGAGCACAUGACGGUGACUGGCCGCACACUCGCUGAAAACGUGGACCGGUGGACACACGAAAAGGGCAAGCUUCCCGCGGGCCAGGAUGUUCUUCGUCCCCUCUCGGCUCCUCUCAAGCCCACGGGCCAUAUUCGCAUCCUGAAGGGCAACCUUGCACCGGGAGGAGCCGUCGCAAAGAUCACCGGCAAGGAAGGGCUCAAAUUUACAGGCAAAGCUAGGUGUUUCGACACGGAAGACGACAUGGUCGCGGCGGUGGAGAACAAAAGCAUCAAAAAUGGGGAAAAGACGGUCAUCGUGCUGCGCUACAAGGGACCCAAGGGUGGACCAGGCAUGCCAGAAAUGCUCAAGCCAACGAGCCUUAUCAUGGGGGCGGGUCUCGGCAUGGACGUCGCCAUCCUUACCGACGGUCGAUUCAGCGGAGGCUCUCAUGGCUUCGUGAUUGGACACGUUGUGCCUGAAGCGCAAGUGGGAGGCCCCAUCGCACUGGUGCAAGAUGGCGAUGUGAUCUCAAUCGAUGCGGAGAGCAACAUCAUGCAGCUGGACAAUGUGUCAGAGGAAGAGUUGGAGAAGAGAAGGAAGGAGUGGAAGCCUAGGGAGCUCAGACCCAAGUCUGGCCAUUUGCUCAAGUUUGUGCGAAAUGUGUCGGACGCGAGCUUGGGAUGCGUCACUGAUUUGUAGAGUAGAAUUGCACGAGCUUGACAAUGCCAGGCUUUGCUCUUGGCUAGCAUGGCCCUCUUCGUACAGCGCUCCUGGAUCACCUUUUGCUCUCCACUCACGACUGCCUUUGCGUGGCGGCUGCUGUUGUGAGUGGUGCAGCAGCAGCGUCGCGUGUGUUUGUCGCCCGUCGGACGCGGAUGCUUGCACUUGACCGAAGAUCACAACAAAGAAACGGCGUAGGUCCACUCAUACGAGCUGUGUGCUCAGGUCCUGUUUUGGUGGACGCAUAGCCCUGCUCGUGUCAUGAAGCGU